AUGGCGACGCUGUCGAUGACGAGGAAAGAAGAUGCAUUACGCCUGGUGGAACUGUGGGGUGAGCGUCUUGCAGUCGGCCGCCGCAACAACGUUUCACCAUCACUAGCCGGUUCUCCGAAUGAAAAGGAGCCGCAGAUGGACGUUGCGGAGGCGGCAUCAGGUGGGCUGGCGCUGCUGUCGGUCUUGGUGCAACUGGAGGAGGAGGCGGAGGACGGUGAAAUUGCUAGUGGCGAGAUGCGAACUGUGGAAAAGGCGGAGGCGGAGGCGGAGGCGGCAUGGCUCUGUCAGAGGGUGAGAGAGCUGAUGGUCGAGGCGAUGAUUUGUACAGUCGAGGCAUGUGUGAAGUGCACGGUCGCUGAAGAAGCGGUGGAGGCAUCAUGCAGUUUAAUAGAAUCAUCGUUUUGCCACGUGUGUAAAAAAAUGGAAGGGCAGGCAGCAAAGAUACGUCAGUGGUGGGAAUAUGAAGAAAUCGCGGAGCUUGGCUGGCGGUGGUGCGAAGCUCACCUUACGCUGUUGCCGAGUGAUGAAUCGGUGUGGUACCGUGAGUCAUGCCAGAAUCCGGCGUUGAUGGCAAAUUGGUGGUGGCGGCCCGAUGCGAUGAGUGCUGCCAACCAGUCAGCCACACAACAGACGACAACGACGGUGGCGUGGCCGUUUUUUAAGGGUGUUAUUUCAGGGGGGUCUGCUUUGCCCGGCACCGAAGCCCCGCGCAGCGGCUUGCAAGCCGCUGCGAAGUUUUUAGAUGCUCUGAACGCUGCAUCUGGACUCUUCGCCCAUCGUAUCGCCGUGGGGCGCGAUGUUCUGAGGAGAGUGUACGUGGCAAAGACUGGAGCCCUGCUGCGUCAGGCUCGACUUCUUGCAUGCCUCUCAUUUGUUAAGAAUGCUGCUGGUAAUCACAGUUGUGUGGAUAAAACCAAGGGUGCUGUGGAGGCUUAUGAUGCUAACGGCACUACUUUGUUAUGGGUGUCACGUGAGGGUUUAUCACUCGCGUGGCAGUGCCUUGUGGCCGCUACAACGGCUGUGCAAGUGGCUACGGCGCAUUUUGACGCGUCGUGUGAAGAUCUGCAGCGCCAGAUUCGCUGGGCGUUGCUCGGCGUGGGGAAUGCUGGCGAGGGAGAGGGCGGGGCGACGCCGCAGGGCAAUGGCGUUUUUUUCCUUCACCCUUGUGCUGAACCGUCAGAAAACAUAUGGCGUAUUUCGCACGGUGUGGGGCUUGUCGCCACGGGGCGGAUCCCCGAAGGCGCGGUGAUUCUGCGGGAGCGCCCGUCCUUAUUCGCCGACCCAUCUACCAGUCCCACCUCCAUGCCCGAUACUUACAACGCCGAGCUUUCGGUAGUAGCAGGAGCAGCGCUGGAUCUGUUUCGGCGGGGAGGUGUCUCACACAAGGACGAUGUGGCUUCGUCACAAGCGGUGGAAGCUCUGCGAAGUGGUGUACUCUUUGGGCACGCCACGCGGGCAGCUGACAUGUGGGCGGCGCUGCACCUGCUCGUCACCAUGCCGCUUGCCGAGAGCGUCGGUGUUUGUGAUGGGAACGGCCUAGCGCGGGAUGUUUCUGACCUUGUUCGCGGGUGGAACGAACGCGCCAUCGCACAACCUCCCGCCGAAGGCUUUCGGAUCCAGCAGGGCGGUGGAACGAGGCGGGGGAGGGGACUGUAUCCACUCGCUUCUCUCAUCAACCACAGCUGCUCCCCGAACACGCUGCGUCUCUUCAGCGACGAGGGAAUGGUGGCUUCUGCCUGCGGUGGCAAUGAUUUAUACAUUGUCGCCCUUCGCGAUAUCGAGCCUGGCGAGGAGAUAACUGUCACAUACCUUUCGUCACUGCUUCUUCCAAGGUCUGUGAAACGGCUCCAGAAUGGAUUCUGGUGUCGCUGCAUCUUCUGUCAGUCACACGCUGCGCUUCUGGAGGGUGUGGUGUGCCCUUUCUGCCAGCGGCUCAUCUACGACGACGACAACAACAACAACAGCGACGGCGACAGCCCGUCAAUGGCAGCGCGUGUGGACCUCUGCGGGGAGAGGUCGUAUGAGGCUAGGGGGGGAGUAGCGCAGUAUGCGCACGCAGCUGAUUGUGUCCAUGCGGGAAGCAGUAGUUCCAAGGGUCUUGUGGGUCAUGUGUCAGAAGAUUUUAAGAAAGCGAUUAGUGCUGUUCACGAUGAACUUCUGAAAAGCGUCAGUGACGCAGAUGCAGUAAACACAGGUGGCGGUGCUAGCAGUGAUAAUGCGCAACGUGGACAUAAGCCGAUGAAGAACGAGUCUGUAGAAGACGAUGAUCAGUACGCACGGCGCGCCCAGAGGGCCAUGCGGCGAUUAAUGGACAUCGAUGCCUUUGCGCAUGGAUUGCCCCCGACGCAUCAUUGCCGGUUGCAGGCACGGAUGGAGUGUCUGGCCAUUUCUCUCAACGCUGCGAUUACACCUUAUGAUAGUGGGAGGCUUCUGCACCUGUGCGAAGAGCUUUUGGAGGACUUGGAGGUGGUUUUGCCGCGAAAUUAUCCAUUGCUGACGGACAUACGUCUCCAUUACUGCCUCGUUCGCAGUCGUCAUGUAAUUGCUACAACGGAUGUGGACGACCCCGAUUUAAAUGGUGAAGGUGAGGGGUGCUGUGGCGCUGUGCGCGAGCAAGCGGAGACGGUACGUUUGCCUUUUGUACAAGAUGCUAUUAUUCGAGAGUCUGUGGUACGAUCCUUUCAAGAGUACUAUGUUCAAGCAGGUUGGCAGUUUGCGGAAAGUGAGGAUAAUGAGCUUCUCGAGUGUUUUUUGGGGCGUUAUGCUGCUGAGCUCUUCGCAUGUGGUGUUGACCGGGUAUCCCAGAUAAACAUGCUGUCGCUUAUGUACGAUGCAGCGCGGGGCAAUACUGCUGAGUAG